CAAUCACUGGCACACCUCUGAACUUCUUCUUUUUUUUUUUUUCUUCUUCUCACAAGCCAACCAACACAACCUCAUGUUCUCCCACUCGAUCUUGCUUUCUUGCUCUGAACACUGAUCUCAGUCCCAUCACACUCCCUUGUAUAAAAAAAACACACCAAUAAUUCAAUUUUAUCUAGAUCGACCCCCCCCUUUUCGAAUCUGUGCCCUUUCAUUCCCUGGACAGCAUACUCGUGAUAUUGGGGAUUGGUUUUUCCUCGGUUUGCUUGUUACUUGAAAACUUUCUUGAAAUUCUCUCGCCCGGAAGAUCAUCAUGGGCCCCUCAUCACCCCCACCCAUCGGAUCCUUACCAGCACCACCACGCCUCAUGACCGCCCCAACCCCAGUCGACCAACACCUCCACGACUCCUAUCCACCCCGACGAAGCUCUGUCUCUCCCUCGCCCGAGCCUGAAGAACUCACACACCAACUCCCUCCCGACUCUCGCCCGCAUUCUCCCUACCUUCCGCCCCUCCCACACAACCCUUUCGCCUACGACCCUCCCCCUCUCAAGGACUUCCCCCGUCGUCCCUCAUACCAGCGUAACAGUAGUGCAACAUGGAAUACCACUAGCGACAGUGACUUUACGAGGAUCGGCUACGACUCUUGGAUUCACACAUCCGGUAGCAUGGUCGCACUCGACAAACUAGACGAAACCGAAAUCGAAGGGAUCGGGCUCGUUCAUCCAUCGAACACCAAGCGAGUUGAGACCGAAAACGAUUCGUUCUAUGUCAGCUCUGCUCCUCCUGCUAACAAGCCAAGCAAACGACGUAACCUGCUCAUCAGCUUAGCCGGGCUGGCAUUACUCGUCUUGGCGAUCAUCAUCGGAACGGUGGUUAGCAUGCGCAAAUCUCGACUGGCUGACCUCGGAAAAGUUAACCCUGGCGAUGGUACACUCGUCACUGCAUCCGGUAAUGUGAUCAAAUUGUGGGGCAAAGACGGCGAUAAGAUUACAACCGACAACGGGACGACUUUUGAAUACAAAAAUCCUCUAGGCGGAACAUGGGUGGCCAUUCCUUUCAAUGAUACCGCUAAACCUCAAGCCGAUUCACCAGCGUUGAACCAACCAUGGGAUUAUUCGAAUCGACGUAUCCUUGGUGUCAAUCUAGGCGGCUGGCUUGUUCUCGAACCAUUUAUAACUCCAUACAUGUUUGAACCGUUCAGUAGUCAUGAUGCGAACGGACAGGCGCCUACGGUGGUCGACGAAUGGACACUCUCAGUCGCACUGGGCGACAAGCUGGCAUCCACAUUAGAGGAACAUUAUCGGACAUUUAUCACCGAAGAGGACUUUAUGCAGAUCGCUGCCGCCGGACUCAACUGGAUCCGGCUUCCCGUAGGCUGGUGGAUGAUCGAAACUUGGGAUGGGGAACCAUUCCUGGAAGGCGUCUCGUUCAAAUACUUCCUCAAGGCACUCCAAUGGGCACGCAAGUACGGCCUCAGAGUCAACCUCGAUCUACAUGCAGUACCUGGCAGUCAGAACGGCUUCAAUCAUUCCGGAAAAUUAGGCUCCAUCAAUUUCCUCGUCGGCUUGAUGGGCGUCGCUAAUGCUCAAAGAACUCUAAAUUACAUUCGCACCCUCACUCAGUUUAUCUCUCAGCCUCAGUACGUCAACGUCGUCCCGAUGUUCUCCGUCCUGAAUGAAGCACUCGUCCAGAAGAUCGGUGUGCCACAGAUGAGGUCCUUUUAUCUUCAAGCAUACCAAAUGAUCCGUGGGAUCACAGGUUACGGAGCGGGUAAAGGGCCGAUGAUGAUCAUUCACGACGGAUUUCAGGGGACUGGGGCUGGCCAUACUGGAUGGGCUGGCUUCUUGAGCGGUGCCGAUCGAAUCGGCCUUGACACUCAUACCUAUUUCGCUUUCGAUAAGCAGAGCAACGAUUCACUGGGUUACAACUCUUACAAGCCUUGCACAUACUGGGCCAAAGGAUUCAACCAAACCAAUACGAAUUUCGGAUUCAAUUUCGCCGGUGAAUAUUCCCUUGCGGUCAAUGAUUGUGGGCUCUGGCUCAACAAUAUCGGAGUGGGUAGCCGGUACGAUGGGACCUAUCCUACUGCCAAUGCGCCCGAUACGACGAACUUUCCGAUGGUUGGGUCGUGUGAUCCAUGGAAGGACUAUCGGACUUGGACCCCAGAUAUGAAGAAAAGCAUUGCCGAUCUAGCAGCGACCUCCCAGGAUGCGAUGCAAAACUCAUUCUUUUGGACCUGGAAGAUCUCUCGCUCGAUCCGGACCCCCGAUCUGAAACCGAACCCGAUGUGGGACUAUCAAUUGGGUCUCCAGGAAGGCUGGAUCCGACCGGAUGCCAGAGGGAGCAUUGGGGCCUGUGGGGCCGUUGCGGCUCAGCAGGGAGCCACGAUCCCAGCCCAGCCAUGGGCGGGUAAAUUUGCGGAUUGGCAGGUCGGUGCAGGCGGCUCAGAUCCACGGACGAUCGAUCCGGCGCAACUGCAACAAUACGGCCAAUGGCCACCGAGCCAGAUCUUUGUCCAACAGGGCCAAAAUGCGGUCUAUCCGGACACCAGCAAUCUGCCCCAGUAUGUGCCCACUGGAUCGCCGGUGGUCCUAAAGCCAGACGCGCCCAAUCCUCACGACUCGCCCGCCAGCACUUCCGUCGACCCGGGCUCCGGUUGGGCUAAUAAUGCCGACAAGGCCGGCUGGUACGUCCCCGUCAAGGACUGCCCCUAUCCUAACCCGUGGGCCGGCGGCGGUCUGCCCGUCCCCAGCUCCCCCUUCUGUGGCGGUACUCCCACCCCUCAACUAGUCUCAAAAACUUCUUCCCCUAGCUUGCGUAGACGAUGAAAUCGCUCAAUCUUCUUUCUUUCUUGAAUAUGAAUCAAUAAAACAAAGAAGGACAACUCCUCUUGCUCUGGUUAUUAUCCACUUCAACCCUCCUCCUUCUCACUAGUUUUUUUUCUUUUUCGCCUUUUUCAUUUCUUUUUGUUGGAAGGAACUACUCAGUCAAUGCCAUUCUUGCUCAAUGGACUCUGUUACACAUUUACAUACUCAUCACUUAUCUCACUCUCUCUCACUCUAGAUAUAUAACUAUGAUAUACUACUUGUCUUUCUCUUUCUUUUUCUUUUUCUUUUUUUUUUGGAAAAUGUGCAAUAAAAAGCUCCUUUAUAUCAAUCAAUCAUUCUUCAUUCAUUCAUUCUUACUUACUUACUUGGUUUCCUAACUAUUGAUCAAAAUCUUCAAAAGCAUCUUGAACAAUCUUAUCAAAACAUAAAUAAAAAAAUAAAAAAAUAAAAAUAAAAAUAAAGUAUGUUAUGUGUGUGUUUUUUUUUGCUUAGUUUACUCUCUCUUUCUCCCUCUCUCUUAUCAAUCUUGGUUUUUUUUUUUUGGAUGUGUUUUGUGCUUGAUUCUCUCAUUUUCAAUUCAUUCCACACCAUGUAAACCAUAUCUCUCAAACCACAAACUACACACCCAAUCCACCAUUCCCUAUUGACCAACCAUUCCUUCUUCUUCUUCUUCUUCUUCUUCU